AUGCCUUUUCAUCUAUCUAUCUAUCUAUCUAUCUAUCUAUCUAUCUAUCUAUCUAUCUAUCUAUCUAUCUAUCUGCGCAUUCAUAUACACUGGUUGCGAUAUAAAUAUAAAUACUCUUUUAACUUGAGAAUAAUUACUUGUCCUCAGGUAUCUAUCUAUCUAUCUAUCUAUCUAUCUAUCUAUCUAUCCCAGCCUGUUCAUAUCUAUCUGUCUGUUUAUUAUCUAUCUACAGUGUUACACUGUAUCUAUCUAUCCCAGCCUGUUCAUAUCUAUCUAUCUAUCUAUCUAUCUAUCUAUCUAUCUAUCUAUCUAUCUAUCUAUCUAUCUAUCUAUCUAUCUAUCUAUCUAUCCCAGCCUGUUCAUAUCUAUCUAUCUAUCUAUCUAUCUAUCUAUCUAUCUAUCUAUCUAUCUAUCUAUCUAAUUCCAAUUCCACUCUUCUUUUAUUUUUUCACCGAAUUAUUUUUAUAUUUAUUAUCCACAGUUUCUUUUUUCUUCUUUGUUUCUUUCUUUUUUCUUCUUUCCAUAUUUCUUUCUUUUUCCUUCCUUCCUUCCUUCCUUCCUUCCUUCCUUCCUUCCUUCCUUCCUUCCUUCCUUUCCUUUAGGUUUUUCUUAUUUCUGUUUCUCUUUCUUUCUUUCUUUCUUUCUUUCUUUCUUUCUUUCUUUCUUUCUUAUACGCCCCCCUUAUCAUUUUUCUUCUUUAGUUUUCCUGUUUCAUUUCCUUCAUUAUUUCUUUUUGAUUUUCCUAUUUCGUCAUCUUUCUUUCUUUCUUUCUUUCUUUCUUUCUUUUCAUUCUGCUUUCUUUGUUUUUAUUUCUUUUUCAUUUUAAUUCUUCCUUUUUGCUUUUUCAUUUUUCUUUUCAAUGAUUCUCUCUUUCUUUCUUUCUUUCUUUCUUUCUUUCUUUCUUUCUUUCUUUCUUUCUUUUAUGUUUUCUCGUUUCUUCUUCUUUCUUUUAGAUUUUCGUUUUCUUCUUUCUUACUUGAAGUUGUUUUUUUCCCUCGUUAUUUUCUUUCUUUUAAACUUUCUUUUAUUCUUUUGAUGUUUUCGUUAUUCAUACUUCCUUCUUUUUAUCUUUUUUCCUCGUUAUUUCUUUCGUUCUUCUCCUUUUUAUGCCAUUUUUUUAUUUUCUUCUUAUUUUCUGAUGCCUGUUUAUAA